CAUAGAUGCGUACAAACAUACGCACAGAUACAAAUACGCACUCACUCAUACACUCAGUCACCGACUUAAUCACGACUGUUCGACAAGCUUCGAAGUAUUGUAAUAGGUCUUGAUAAGCCUUUCGUGGAGGUUGACACCUCUUUGGUAGAUUUUCGUCCAAGCACGGAGAACCGUCUUCUGGAAGCUUCCGAUAAGCUUACAGUGGGACUUACUAUGCUGCAGCUUUCUAAGCAACAUCAAGCAUGCGCUGCUGUCGACUGCGAUCUUACGUGUCAUACAGGCGGUCUUCAGCAAUACAUAAACAAACUAGUACAAAGAAAAAGUCCUGUUAGCAACACAUCAGGCAAUUUGUGCGAUGAUUCCAACGGAUCAAUAUCGGACUUCCUAGGUUUGCCGGUAUCGGUUCAGCUACAGAUUUUUUCGUACCUGUCUCCGAAAGCCCUGUGCGGUGUCGCCUCAGUUUGUCGACAAUACUACAUUCUUAGUUGUGACGAAAUCCUAUGGCAGCGCCACCUGUACAAGGACGUCGUCACUUGGAAUGUGUUAACAAACGAGUUGAAUCCAGAUGACAAAACCGAUUUGCCAGCAAAGCAAAUAUACCAGACAUGCAGUCAACAGUUCCAGCACAAAAAUCUCGAGUAUUAUCCUGUUAUACGCCAGAUCAGCACCAUUAUCAAGACUCUAAUAUCCUGGCGACCGCCUAAAGUUGUCAUGUUUGGACCAGGCCUAGAAAGUAGCGCAACAAAAUGCGUCCUGGGGAAAAUGCUUUAUGAUACAAGUUUGUUUCAAAUCACCGGACUCGUACCUGGAAGAUCUGGAGGUAUAGGUGCUGGAAUCGAUUUGCGGAUAAAGUCCCGUCGCUUCACCCUCAUCACACUGUAUUCGAAUACAGAGAGGGUCAGAGAACAGUACCCAACAAAAAACUGCGUUGCUAAUAACCGCAUGCUGGCUCAAGAUGGCGAUGGCACCAUAUAUUUAACUUCGGCUAUGGGCGAGGUAGCCCGCAGUGCAAAUGCGUUCGUAUUUGUUGUUGAUGCGUCUGAUCGAAAUGAAUACGCUUUAAGGAACAGCAGCUACGACUCUCUACUCUCGGCAGUGGUUACACCACAGACAGGAUCGUCGUGUGCACCUUUGUUGGUUGUAGCCGCUGCAAUAAAUAAUGCACCUAAUUCUGUAUCAGCUAUCGAGGUCACACGAAAUCUGAAGCUCAACAAGAUUUUAAACCCUUGGCAGGUACACAUGGUGGAUAUCGCUAACUUGGGAGGAAUAUCGGCUGCGUUUGAAUGGGUGCUGGAGCAGGCACACUGAUCUGAUUGACUCUAUUCGCAACAACGUUUUUCAUUCGAGGAAGACGGCGGGAUUCAUGCAAUUUACAGAACAAAUUCUGCGUAUUGAAUAUGAAAUAACUACCGUUAUAAUUGACAGUUUACAAAAUAAAAAUUAUCUCAAGGUC